UCCAGACUGAGGCUCAGGGUGCCUCCAGCGCUUCAGACGAGCCUCUACAACACGCAACAAACACACAGAGACAUUUCUGCUGUCAGGACUGCUACACCUGCUCAGAGAUACAUCCUUCUAUUUUUUUUUCUGGGGAAAAUGAAACUUGAAGUUUUCUCGGCGCACCACUUCGCGCAAAAGCCGCUGGAGUUGUGCAUGGACGCGGAUGGGAGAGUCCCGUCCCCUCUGUCCGGGGACGAGUUGGGGUCGGACGGGGACUGCGUGGCCAACAGCCCGGCACCUGUUACCCAGAUCGGCGAAGGCAGCAAAGGGAAGCCCUACACCCGCAGACCCAAACCUCCUUACUCCUACAUCGCCCUCAUCGCCAUGGCCAUCCGGGAGUCCGGCAGCGGCCGCCUCACUCUGGCAGAGAUCAACGACUACCUGAUGAAGAAGUUCCCGUUUUUCCGCGGCACCUACACCGGCUGGAGGAACUCGGUGCGCCACAACCUGUCACUCAACGACUGCUUCCUCAAAGUGUUGCGGGACCCGUCCCGGCCAUGGGGCAAGGACAACUACUGGAUGCUCAACCCGCACAGCGAGUACACCUUCGCUGACGGCGUGUUCCGCCGCAGGAGGAAGCGCAUCGCCAAGAGGUCCGCCAAGGAGCGGGACAGCCCGGACAUCCUCCGCGAGGACACCCGCCUCCCCGCCCCGGAGGAGAGGGUGGGGGCCAAGUUCUCCAGCUCCUUCGCCAUCGACAGCAUCCUCAGCACACCCUUCAAACGGAGGGAGGACAGCCACGUCGAUGCGGAAACCCACGCCCCCCGGCUCUACUGGCCCCCAGGGGCCCACCUACUGCCUUACACUCUGGGCUACCCGGCACAGCACACGUACCUGUCAGAGGGUGUGUACAGCAGCACAGAGCCCAGCAGGGAUGCACUCACGUACCUCCAGCAGACAGCACCGGGCAUGGCCGCUCUCCACGCGCUCAAGAUGCCCAACAAGGCGCGAGGUUUCCACAUAGACUCCUUGCUGUCAUGAAGCACCCGGACUGUUGUCAGACAUGUGUGUUUUGACCCAUGAUGUGCACUUUUAUGGGCGCUCCUAGCUUUCAGUACUUUAGCUGCUAAACUGUUUGGGACUCUGUCUGUA